CUUCCCACUAUCGCGCAUGCAUCCGUCUCGAUAUCCAGAACUCGAACGUGCCACCGCCAAGAGAAUAGACGUGCGCCACCCCGCGGCGCACGGACCGAAAAGGCAAUUCCGCGAUGUUCGCGCGUGGGGGCGCAGGUAAACAAAUUCUGUCACCUUUCCCAGCAACAUCAAGACAAAGGCCCCCGCGCCCGCCGCAUACCGCCCUGCGCCCAACACAGGCCUGCCUACCAGUAGCCCCCCACCCUACCGACCCCUGGUCUAUACGCACCCAAUGAAGUACAUCGAAAUUCCAGCCUUAUCGCGGCUGGCCCAAGCCCUCACGCACGAGGGGCCCGAAUGCGCGGUGCAUACCCGCCUCGAAGCGUACAGCUGCAAGAACGUCAAGCGGGACAAGAAGCUAUUCAAGGCGCUCGAGACCGCGUACAAGGACGACGCGGCGCACUCGCCGCCCGCGCCGUCGUGGGCCGCGCUCGACCGCGAGGCGGAGAUGACGCCGUUCGGCGCAUUCGACAAGCACGGCGCGCGCAAGACGCUCUACCUCCUCAUCGCGACGCUCAACAUCGCCUACCCGGACCACGAAUUCUCGGACGUGAAGCCGUCGCACUUUGCGCGUGAGGGGAGCGGCGCGGCGGUGCUCAACGCCCUCAGCGCGACGCUCGUCACCGGCGGCGCGCGCCCCCCGCGCACCUACUCCGCCUACCCGCCCACUACGCCUGACUUCUUCCCCUCCUCCGUCCCGAGCUCCGUCUCCCCCUACGACCAGAUCGCCGCCAGCCCCUUCGCGCGCCCGCCGAUCCAAGCCGGCACCCACCCGCACAUGUUCCGCAUCCUCGACGACGCGAUUGGCCUCGCCGACUGCGAGGUCUACUCAUACACACCCGACCUCGACGCCGACCCGCACGAGAACGACGAUGGGGACGACGACGCGGCGCCGGCGGGGAGCGGCAGCGACGAGGACGGCGGCGACACCGGCGUCUUCGACUUUGACGAGUACGACAUGGAUGACCCCGUGCGCCCCGGCCGCUCGUCGCCGAUCAUGCUUAGGCGGCACGCCGCGUCGGACGAGGAGGAUGAGUCGCCGCUGUUCGGGCCCAGUGGCGCGCUGCUUUGGUCGUCGCACUGGUUCUUCCUCAACCGGAAGCUGAAGCGCAUACUGUACGUCACCGUCUGGGCGCGCGCGAAGGGCAUGGCGAGGUCGUGGCCUGGCGGCGAGGCGUCGGACUUUUUGUCGAGUCGUCACAAGUCACCGGAGCGCUUCCUGGGAUGGGAGGGAGGUGCUGGUGCUGGUGCGCGCGCCCUUGGGUUGAGGAGCUCUGCUUGAACAUCCCUUUCAGGCUUCUGUCUUGUACUAUACGUCUUUCGCCUUUGCCUCUCUUGCUCCUCAGGACUUUACGACCGGUCACGACUCUUCCAGGAUUAUGUACAUUAUAACCUAUGCUAUGUCCCCGUCAGCUAUCGCCCUUGCUCGCUGAACGAGCGUACGCACCUAUUCCUUUCUCCUAUGUGUAUAUGUAUAGGCUUCAAUUAUUAGCAGCAUACUAUUCCAGCGUGUUCCAGCAGAAGAAGAUGACGAAGGGGAGGAGGAGAGAGGAGAGAGGCGCCCGCUCAAUGAAGUCCUUUAUAUCAGCGC